UUUUCAACCAAACUUUAGUAACUCUACAUUAAAUCAAGUGACUUCUGGUGUUAGUCCACAAAGUUUACCUGCAAAUCAGAAUAUAAUCUUUUAUGAUACUGCUAAUGCUGGUAUUGAAUUGGUUUUCGUUAACAAUAUCCAUUCUUUCCAUUUGCACGGUCACUCUUUCUAUGUCGUUGAAAGGGGUAAUGGUACUACACCAGAUUCAAGCGCUUAUAAUUUAGUUAAUCCACCAUAUCGUGAUACUGUAACGAUACCACCAACUGGAUAA